AUGGCAACCCCCGACCACAGCCGCUGGAAAGCCAUCGGCUGUCUCUUCUGCACGCACACCACCACUGGCUACCGCGCCGCCACCCUCCAGCGUAGACUCCACACCCACUUUAGUGCCUUCAGCGUCCCCAGAGUCCCUUUCAACCAUGACACCGGCUCCUUCUGGGAGCGCAACCGUCACCAGCCCAAUUUCCGCCCUGUCGGGCAUGCGCAGUCGCAACCCGCCAACGGUGGUAAGCGGCCAGUAAACAGAGUGUGCGUGGACGAGUUCCACCACGUGGGGAUUAUCGCAGCGCUGUACAGUGCGCAGGGCGGGCGGGCGGCGGUGUUAGGGACGGUGAGUGAGAUACGGGCGUACCCGUGGGCGGAGGGGCUGAUGGAACCGGUGUGGAGCCACGAUGAGAUUAAGGCGUUCGUAGUGCGGCAGUUUGGAAAGGUGGCGGCGAUGGAGCUGUUGGAGGAGUUGCAUAUACUGAAACACUUGUGCAAAACACCCAUCCCCAGUGCAUGGUGGGAGGAAAAGGUAAUGCAGGCAGUGGCCCUGGUGAAAAUAAGUGUCAAGAGCCCCUCUCGUGGGGUUGAGGUCAUCUGCAUCAAUGACUUCAUCAACGAUACCCUUUACCAGGCCCAUAAGCUGUGCAAGGCAAUGGGAUGCUUCGACUCCAAAUCCGAGGCGUUCCCUGGCACCCUAGGAGGAACCGAGAUAGACAUGACCAAAUACCCAUACGUCUACGGCUACAAGCCUCAGCCAAAGCAAAACAUGGCACCAAUAAAAGCCCCUGAGAUCAUGACCACGGGACCGACGAGCGACAAUAUUUUCAAGCCUAUGCCGUCCAAAACGUGCUCGGGGAAAUACCUACUCCCGGAGGUGGAAUAUGGUCUAGACAGAUACGAGGAUGAUGAGGAACCAAAAUACACUCCCCCAGACCCUGUGGUCCCAAAUCCCCGACAGAUGCUGCAGUAUGUUCUGAAGCCUACCCAGCCCCCCAUUGUAAAUAAGAAGCCGGAGAUGCCCAAGGUCUUCAUUAUCAAGAAGAAGAGAAAAUUGCCGCCCACAAUGAAGACCGAGCCCGGAAUCAAGGCGGAACAAAGGGAGCCAGGGGCCUUGAUGCAGCCUGUCAUCAAGAAAGAAAAGAUUACCGGCGAGGGGCACAUCAAGAAGGAGAACACGAGGGUGGGUCCUGUGCAGUCGCUGGUGGUGAAUGCUGUGCUGCCUCCAGUGGUGAGGGGGGCAGGACCUAAUGGUGCUUGUGAUGGGAAUAUCGGGAAACCGAAGAACGGGGCAGUGUUUACGGGAAAGAGUAUCUUUCUGAAGAGCGAAGCGAGGUUAGACAGCCUCUUUAAGCCGAAGAGUGAAACAGUAUCUACUGGAAAGGGUCUCUUUAAGCCGAGAAGCGAGGGUGCAUCUGGUGGGCAGAGUCUCUUUACGCCAGCCCCUAGGAAUGAGGAGAAGAGGGUUAAUGGUAAGCUGGAUAGAAAAGAGCAGAGCUCAAGGGGUAAUAAGAUGUUUACGAACGCUGUGUUUGUGGAUAUCACUUCGGACUGA